AUGGAGGAAGCAAGAGGGAGAGGUAGAGUGGAUGGUAACAUUAGUGGGAUCAAAAUGAAAAUUCCACCAAUUCAAGGCAAAGCCAAUCCGGAUGCAUAUUUGGAGUGGGAGAUGAAGGUGGAUCUCAUUUUUUAUUGUCACAAUUAUAGUGAGGAAAAGAAGGUGAAGUUUGCUGUAGUUGAGUUUACAGAUUAUGCCAUAGUUUGGUGGGAUCAAUUGCUCACUAAAAGAAGGAGAAAUGGGAUGAGGGGUGUUGAAACUUGGGAUGAGAUGAAGCAAAUCAUGAGGGACAGAUUUGUACCUCAACAUUACUAUAGGGAGUUGCACCAAAGGUUGCAAGGGCUGGUGCAAGGGCUGGUGCAAGGGCUGGUGCAAGGAAACAAAAGUGUGAAAGAAUAUUUCAAGGAGAUGGAGAUGGCUAUGAUAAGAGCCAAUGUAGAGGAGGAUAGGGAAGCCACUAUGGCUAGGUUCCUAAAGGGGCUGAAUCUUGAUAUUGCCAACAUAGUAGAGCUACAACACUAUGUAGAGCUUGAUGGCAUGUUAAAUAUGGCAAUCAAGAUAGAAAAACAACUAAAGAAGAAGAAAGCAUUCAAGAUGGGUGUAGGUAUGAAUUCGAGCAACAAUGCUCCAUGGAAACCGAAUUGGAAGAAGGGUGAAACUUAUGAUUCCAAGGCUGUUUCUAAGGAAAAGAAAGAGGAGACUAGGGGUGGAGAAAAGCCUAGUGUGACUGAGAAAGGCAAGGGACAGAAUGCCUCUACUGGAAGAACUAGGGAUAUCCAAUGUUUUAGGUGCCUAGGGAAGGGACAUUAUGCAUCUCAAUGUCCUAACAAGAGGGUGAUGGUGAUGAGGCAGAAUGGGGAGAUCGAAUCAGAAGAUGAUGAUGUUGAUGAUGAUGAUGCUAGUGAGAGUAUGCCUCCUUUGGAGGAAGCUAGUGAUGUAGAGCAUGCCGUGGGAGGUAAUAUUCUGGUGGUUAGGCGUGCACUAAGUGCACAAGCAAAGGAAGAAGAGGGAGAUGCACUACAAAGGGAAAAUAUUUUCCACACUAGAUGCUUGGUGAAUGGUAAAACUUGUAGCAUGAUUGUAGAUAGUGGUAGUUGUGUGAAUGUUGCCAGCACACUCAUGGUUGCGAAGCUUGGCAUGCGCACCAUGAAGCAUCCUAGACCAUACAAGUUGCAAUGGCUGAAUGAAUGUGGGGAAAUUAAGGUGAACAAGCAAGUGAUGUUGGCUUUUUCUAUUAGAAGGUAUAAGGAUGAGGUGUUGUGUGAUGUGGUGCCAAUGCAUGCUGGACAUAUUUUGCUAGGGAGACCAUGGCAAUAUGAUAGGAAGGUAGUGCAUGAUGGAUUUAGGAAUAGGUACUCCUUUGAUCAUGAUGGACGAAGGGUUACUUUAGCAGCAUUAUCACCCGCACAAGCUUUUGAAGAUCAAUUAAGGAUAAAACAGACCAUGAAUGAGCAACAACAAAGAGAGGCCGAGCUAAGAAGAGCUUACACCAAUGUUUCUAACCUUAACCAAUCCAUUCCUAGUUGUGCUUUGCCCUUGUUGCAGGAGUUUGAGGAUGUCUUCCCUGAAGAAACACCUAAUGGGCUACCACCAUUAGAGGCAUAG